CCCGUCUGUUGUGGCUUAAUUUCCUCUCGCUCGCUUCACAGUCUGCUGACAGUUUCGGGCUCGAUAAAAACAUCUGCGUGUCAAAAUCCCGGUUAAUUUAUAAACACAUAUAAUCAGUGUGUUUGUGGAUCAUGCUGGAGGAGUCUCAAACACAGCAGCGCACCAUUAACGAAUGACAGACACUGAGAUCAUCUGAUUCGGUGAUAAAUAUGGUGUUGUUUUGUGUUCAGUGCUGAAGACUGCGGCCCCGGGGCCACCUGCUUCGAUCUUCAACACUUUAAUGGUCGUCUGAGGAUGUGUCUGCUUUGUUUAUCAUUGACUGCUCUCCAUGCCUGUUUCAGGUAGGAAGCGUGUUGGGGACGUCACUGAGGAGUGAUGCCUGUUGAAAGUGGAAACAGCGCAGCCGCCCGUCAAGUUAAACAGAAGCGCAAGUCGCACAGUCUCUCCAUUAGGAGGACUAACAGCGUCGAGCAGGACAGACCAGGCAUGCAGAGAGACAUGCUGGAAGGCCAGGAGUCUAAGUUGCCGAUGGCCUUGAGGAGUAACUUACUGGAUCUGUUUGGACAGAUUGAACGCGAGUUUGAAAAUCUCUACAUCGAAAACAUAGAGUUGAGGAGAGAGAUUGAAUCGCUGAAUGAACGUUUGGCUGGAGAGGGACAGACAGUGGAUGGAGGUGAUCCCAGUAAAGGAGCCCUGAAAACAAAAGCCAGUCACAGCACAAGUCAACUGUCCCAAAAACUGAAGACAACAUACAAGGCCUCUACAAGCAAGAUCGUGUCCAGUUUCAAAGCGACCACGUCACGUGCCGUCUGUCAGCUGGUGAAGGAAUAUGUGGGUCACCGAGACGGGAUAUGGGAUCUGGCCAUCACCAGGGUUCAGCCGCUGGUUCUGGGCACGGCAUCAGCCGAUCAUUGUUCCAUGCUGUGGAGUAUAGAGACUGGAAAAUGCCUAUUGAAGUACACUGGUCACGCUGGAUCAGUCAACUCCAUUAAGUUUCACCCUACAGAACAGAUGGCACUUACAGCAUCCGGGGACCAGACUGCACACAUCUGGCGUUACAUGGUACAGCUGCCACUUCCUCCGCCCCCAGCUGACAUCAGCGCCUCGCUUGACGACGAUGUGGAUUUCUCCGAUAAAGACGAGGCAGAGGGGGAGGCUGACGGGCCCAGUGAAUGCCCCACCAUCCGUGUCGCCACGACAACCCUGAAAAGCCACCAGGGGGUGGUGAUCGCAGCCGAUUGGCUGGUGGGCGGAAAGCAGGUGGUGACUGCGUCUUGGGACAGAGCUGCCAACCUCUAUGAUGUAGAAACCUCUGAAUUGGUGCACACCCUCACAGGUCACGACCAAGAGUUAACCCACUGUUGUACUCAUCCCACCCAGCGUCUGGUGGUGACCUCAUCUAGGGACACCACCUUCCGUCUGUGGGACUUCAGAGAUCCUUCCAUCCACUCAGUCAACGUCUUCCAGGGACACACAGACACGGUGACGUCAGCCGUCUUCACUGUGGGGGACAACGUGGUGUCUGGAAGCGACGAUCGCACCGUCAAGGUGUGGGACCUGAAGAACAUGAGAUCUCCGAUUGCCACCAUACGCACCGACUCGGCUGUUAAUAGGAUAAGCGUCUCAGCAAACCAAAGAAUCAUUGCUCUACCGCACGACAACAGGCAGGUCAGGCUGUUCGACAUGAAUGGGGUUCGUCUGGCUCGCCUCCCACGGAGCAACAGACAGGGUCAUCGUCGCAUGGUGUGCUGCUCGGUGUGGAAUGAAGAGAAUCAAGCCUGUAAUCUCUUUACCUGUGGCUUCGACCGGCAAGCCAUUGGCUGGAACAUCAACAUACCUGCCCUGCUACAGGAGAAGUGACACGCUCGCACCCGCAACCCACAUUUGCACAGUCUCGCACGCGUAUACAAGCUCAGCACAGCUCAUCCACACAAUCUUGACUAAAUCCUCUGAAUCCAUUUCGCUGUGUGAUGCCAUUUGGUGCUUCAUACCAGUUGCCGCCUGCUGUCCCGUGGUCAGAUAUCAUCCCGUCAUGCCUUGAACAGCGUGGGUUACCUCCGAGGAUGAAAACGGCCUCCACAAAUUCAAGUGAAUUACAAACACCUGUUUAAUUCCAUAGUCUUUCUACAUAUCUAGCUCUACGCCGUCUGCGCUGAGGUCAUAUAGUGUGGUGAACUUAUACCCAGUCUUGUUACUCUAUUUUUACUUGUUUGCAUGAUUCAAACUGGUACUUGUGAAUUCUGAGAGACUGGAACAUUGACGAAAGUUCCUUUAUGACCCGUAGCUGUUACUUUCAAAUGAUUUUUCCCUUUAGUGGUAUUUUUCUUGUGCAAUGUUUAAUUUGAAUGUACAGAUAGCCUUUUAUUUUACGAUAGCAUUUUAGAUUUUUUUCUUGGUUUUUGUAUAGAUUUCGGCCUUGCUUUUUAUAGAGAUGAGCCUUUCAAAUAAAAUGUAACGCACUCUGCCUCUGUGAAAGGAAAUCUGCAAUCAUAUUUAUGCAUCAGCGGCACCUUCUUGACGUUCUGAUUGGCACUGCUGUUCAAGCGGCCAAUCAGCAGCUUUCAGUGUUGCUGCAGUCCAUUUGCAUGAUAAACCCAGCUCGCUGUCAAAUGUAUGAAGCAAAAUGCUGUAUAAUUGCUGUAAGAAUCUUGUUCACCUAUUUGAAAACCAAAAAGCGAUGUGCAAGACUGUAAGUAGAUUGACUGUUUAUAGAGCCCUGAAAAUUGAUGUUUGAUGUUCCCUCUCAUUGAAAGGGCUUUCAAGUCAUGUAGAAGUAAAUACGUUAAUCAAAUGUUGACGAUUUUCGAUCACUAGUUGACAUCUUGGUCACUGCUGUACAUUUGAAGAGAGAGGUUUUCAGCUGUGUGUUCAAUAUUGUAAUAUUUGUCUGUAAUUUUCGGACCAAAUGUUGUCAGUGACGUUUUCAAUUGCUACUGAUGCUUGACACGUUUGCAGAUAUAGACGUGAUGUGUGUGAACCACUGUGCUUUGCUCUGUACAGAAAACAUCACAGCGGACGCUGUCGAUCUUUUACUUUGAAGAUGUUUAUCAUUUGUUCUAUUGAAGCUUUUCGAUGUAUGUUACGAUCAGUAUAGAUACUGCAUUACUGGGUUCUUACUAAAACUACAUUAGAGAGUUUGAUAGGAAGGCUGGUGGAAGUGUUCAUUUUUCCCCCAUGUAUUUAGUUCAAUCGGGCAGGUCCAAAAGACGUUCAUUAUGCAAUGUUUGUGUGAUGUUUAUGUCAAUGGACACCCUUUUUUUGACAGAGGUGAAUAUAAAUGGAUUUUACAUAGCUGUCAAAAAUUGCAAGAUACCUUCAUGCACACAUUUGACUCAAUAGAAUGUUCUUUUUAAAUAUUUGGACUUGUUUUUAGUUCUGUGGAGUAUUUGAGCUAUUUUUUUCUUAUAUUUCAGAGAAACAACAUACUGCAGAUUAAGACAAUUUAGAAAUGUCCAGUAGGAUCAAUAAAGUCAUGCAUUGCCGGAUUUCAGAAAUAAAGUGAAAUUUUCUUGUUAGUUUCCCUUAAAACUACUGUACACACACAAUUGUGUAUAUAAAAAUAAAAUAUCAUUUAAAACAA